UAACAUAUAUAUAAUGCUAGGAAUUGAUCAAAGAAUGGAACACAACACUCUAUUUCCUUUCUGUCUACAUAUCCUUAGUGAAGUUUCCACUUUGAUCAAAGGAGGAGAGAGAGACUAAAGAGUGAGAAUGAGUGCAGACAAGAGCCAUAACCACCACCAAAUCUUUGAUGUCUCCAUCAACGUACAUCCUCAGAUUGGUUCCAAGUGUUUUGACGAUGAUGACCGCCUCAAACGAACCGGAACUGUUUGGACCGCAAGCGCUCACAUAAUAACUGCUGUAAUUGGUUCUGGAGUUCUGUCUUUGGCUUGGGCUACUGCACAGCUUGGAUGGAUAGCUGGUCCAACUGUGAUGCUCUUAUUCUCAUUUGUAACAUACUACACUUCUACUCUGCUGGCAGCAUGUUACCGGUCCGAUAUCGGGCAAAGAAAUUACACUUAUAUGGAUGCUGUCCGAGCCAACCUCGGAGGAUUCCAGGUUAAAGUUUGUGGAGCAAUUCAGUACUUGAAUCUUUUCGGAGUGGCUAUUGGUUACACGAUUGCGGCGUCUAUAAGUAUGAUGGCAGUUGAAAGGUCUAAUUGUUUCCAUUCAAAAGGAGACAGCAGUCCUUGUGGAGUUUCAAGCAAUCCUUAUAUGAUUGCAUUUGGUGUUAUGGAAAUAAUUUUCUCCCAAAUCCCAGACUUUGAUCAAAUAUGGUGGCUUUCUAUUGUUGCUGCAGUCAUGUCCUUUACUUACUCGACCAUUGGUUUAGGCCUCGGAAUUGCAAAAGUUGCAGAAACUGGGAAAAUUAGGGGAAGUUUAACUGGAAUAAGCAUAGGCACAGUGACUGAAAUGGACAAGAUAUGGAGAAGUUUUCAAGCACUUGGAGCCAUAGCUUUUGCUUAUUCUUACUCCCUUAUCCUUAUUGAAAUUCAGGAUACAAUAAAAUCCCCACCAUCAGAAUACAAGACAAUGAAAAAGGCCACUCGAUUGAGUGUAGCAGUAACAACAAUUUUCUAUAUGUUCUGUGGCUGUUUUGGCUAUGCAGCAUUUGGAGACCUUUCCCCUGGAAAUCUCCUUACUGGUUUCGGCUUCUACAAUCCCUACUGGCUACUCGAUAUAGCCAACGCCGCCAUAGUCAUCCACCUUAUAGGUGCAUACCAAGUCUACUGCCAACCACUUUUCGCCUUUGUCGAAAAAACAUCAGAAGAAUGGUUCCCACAUAGCACAUUCAUCACAAAGGAAAUCGACGUCACUAUCCCGGGAUACAGCCCUUAUAAACUCAACCUUUUUCGACUAGUUUGGAGGACGAUUUUUGUGCUCUUAACCACUCUAAUCUCCAUGCUGAUGCCAUUUUUCAAUGACAUCGUGGGGAUUCUAGGUGCCUUCGGGUUUUGGCCUUUAACAGUAUACUUCCCUGUGGAAAUGUACAUUGUACAAAAGAAGAUAGAAAAAUGGAGCACAAAAUGGAUAUGCCUACAAAUAUUAAGUGUUACUUGCCUUGUUAUCUCCCUUGCAGCUGCUGUUGGUUCCUUCGCCGGCGUCGCUUCUGAUCUCAAAGCUUACAAGCCUUUCAAGACUAGUUAUUGAUUUGGUUCAUCUCAGGAUUGUAAAAUCAAGAAAUUUAUGAAAAUUAGGUUUUCAUUCUUGUUCAUGUUCAUGUUCAUAAAAGGCACAAAAGGGUUACUUGUGCCUUUGUUUUUAAUUCAUGAGUGUAAGUGUAAUCUCAAAUGAAUAUCACUGUAACCAUAGGGAAAGAAAAGAGGCAAGUAUAUGUAAGUAUAUUGUUAUCUGGAAUCAAAAAUCUUAUUUUCCCAA